AUGUCCAUAUUCUGGCCCAUGGUGCAGCUGAUCUUGCUCUGGAAUAUAAUGCAGGUCAGCGGCUUGGCCAAGUUUACAAAUGUGCAGUGUGUUAGCAAGGAUACAAAUUUUACCGUGUUUACCAUAUGUCGCCUGUAUGCGGUUAAGCGCGAUGUGGCUGAAAUGACCAUAAGAGUCAAAAUCGUCCAGUUCCCCAAGAAACCAAUUGAGAUGCGAAUACAGCUGCUGAAGCGGGCUAGUGGAUAUAAGCCCUUUCUUUAUGAUGUUCGACAUAGCGAUACAUGCGAGUAUCUGGAGAAGCGCAAUCAUCCCUUUGUCAAUAUCGUGUUCAAUAGCUUCCUCAAUCACUCAAAUAUCAACAAGUGUCCACUGCCGGCUGAGUUUAGUGUGGAACAUUUUCGUUUUCCUGUCAAAGCGUUGGAGAUGCUGCCACUUCCUGGCGGCGAAUAUGCAAUUUAUGCCACUUUCAGUAUCGAUAAUCGCGAUCGAGUUAUUGUCAAAGUCUUCUUCACGCUCACAGAAUCCCGCUAGUAAGUCCCUGAUAAAGCUCGUUAGCAGUGGAAAAUCUCUCAAAAUUAAUUGAAUUG